GACGCUUGUCAGUGCCAGCCUUUGGCUUCUAAAUAAGUCAAUGUCCCUUUCUAGUUCAAAAUCACUCCCCCUAACACCUCUCCUCCCUUGCCCUUGUUUAUGUAAGUACCUUUUUUCUUUUAGUUUGCUAGAAACUAGACAAUUGUUCAACAUAUGUACAGAUAUAAUAAAAAGAGCUAACAGGAGGCUCAAAUAUUAAAACUUUUUCCUUUUUAAUUUUUGCUAAGGGAUUUCAAGAUCCUCUAUGUAUGUUGGUACUAAAUCUUUAGGGUUUUGAUGCAGCUAGAAGUGCUUUUUUAUUUUUAAUACACAUAUAAAGGGGUUGUUGUAAGUAUUGUUUUUGUGACUAAUGGUGACUAAGUGGGAAUCAAGACAGGUAAAGAUUCUACCUUUAGCAUUUUCUGCUUGGUUUCUUCACUAUUUACUGUUAUUUGCUCUGUCAGUGACUUGUGUUUGCAAUUAAAAAAUUGCUGCAAGACUCAACUUUUGUUGAAUCUAAGUGUGUUUUGAGUGUUUUUUUUUGGUUCAGAGAUGGUGAAAAGAGUUGGGUUCUUUUGAAUGUGUUUUUGAGAUGAUUUGUUCAUUUGGUGAAGUUGGGUCACAAAGAUGGGUUUCUAGUCAUACCCAUUUGAAAAGUUCUUGGAUUCAACAUAGAAAAGAUGGUGUCUUUACAUAUCCCCCUCCUCCAUUUGGUGAAAUUUCAGAUUUUCACAAAGAACCAAACACUUCUUCUUCAUCCCCAUCUGGGAACAAGAUUAGUCCAGCUGUUCUUUUCAUUAUAGUUAUAUUAGCUGUCCUAUUUUUCAUAUCUGGUCUACUCCAUUUGCUAGUUAGGUUCCUUAUCAAACACCCUCCUUCUUCAGAAUCAUCUCAGUCUAAUGGGUACCCUGAAGUUUCUAGUUCAGAUGUAUUGCAAAGACAGUUACAGCAGUUGUUUCAUUUACAUGAUUCUGGUCUGGAUCAAGCAUUUAUUGAUGCCUUACCUGUUUUUAUGUAUAAAGAGGUUGUUGGUCCUAAAGAGCCCUUUGAUUGUGCUGUUUGUUUGUGUGAGUUCUCUGAGAAGGAUAAGUUGAGAUUGCUCCCUACUUGUAGCCAUGCUUUCCAUAUCAACUGCAUUGAUACUUGGCUCCUGUCGAACUCAACGUGCCCCCUUUGCCGAGGAACUCUUUUUAAUCCCGGGUUUUCCAUUGAAAAUCCAAUUUUCGAUUACGAUGAGCCAAGAGAAGAUGAUGGUUAUCAUGGUAAUGGGGAUCAUGAGUUCCCUACUUCUCAAAAGACAGUUGAAAUAGAGGAAGUUGCAGUUGCUAAAGGAACGUUUCCCGUGAGACUUGGUAAGUUUCGAAAAUUGAAUGAUGGGGCAGGGGAAGUAGAUGGAGUAGGAGAGAGCAGUAGUAGUAAUUUGGAUGCAAGAAGGUGCUUUUCAAUGGGUUCAUAUCAGUAUGUGGUUGGUGAUGCUAAUCUUAAGGUAGCCUUGAGCAGUGAGCGAAAGACGAAUAAUAUGAAUCAAGCCAAUUUGGCGUCGCAUGAUCCUAAUCCAUCAAUUCUUGAAGAUAAUGAGGGGAAAAAGAUAGGUAUUGGGAUAAAAACAGAUAGUUAUUCUGUUUCCAAGAUUUGGCUUUGGUCAAAAAGAGGCAAAUUCGCCAGUUCUUCAGACGGCCAAAUGGAUGAUCAACCUCCUUCUAGUAUGGACUUACCAUGGCUUAGAAGAACAGAAGGCAUGUAGUGGAUUCUGAUCUCUUAUUCUCUUUGUUUUAUCUUUUUUUGUUAAAUGAUACACAUAGAGGUGAGUUUGCCUUUUGUCUAGUAUUCUUUUAGAUGCUAAUUCAACAAAGCCAUACUUGAUAAUCAGCUUGAAUGGGCAAGUUUGUUCCAGGACUGUUCUUACUGUUAUUCUUUUGUUUCUUAAGUUCUGUAAAUGUAUAGUCAUCUCUUGAUUC